AUGCCUAUCGGAAAAUUAGAACAAUUCGAAUUAGAUUCAAAAGAGUGGCCAGCGUAUAUACGACGCGUUAAACAAUACAUGUUAUUAAACGAAGUGAAAGAGGAGUUAAAAGUAUCACUGUUAAUAACGGUAGUCGGGAAGGCGACUUAUUCGCUUAUGUGUGAUUUGUGUUCUCCGAGUCACCCGGAAACAAAGUCAUUCGACGAAUUAGUUAAACUUGUGAGUGAACAUCUGGAGCCACAGCGAUCCGAGAUCGCCGAGCGCCACGUAUUUCGUCUCCGGCGACAGCGCACCGGCGAACCGUUGUCAGAAUACCUACAGUGCUUAAAACACUUAGCGACCACUUGUAAUUUUGGAACUACAUUGGAGGAAAAUUUACGUGACCAAUUUGUUUCCGGCCUGGCUAGUGACGCGAUGAGGUCGCGUAUUUUUGCCGAGCGAAAUAUUAAAUACCGAGAAGCAGUCGAGUUGGCUAUGGCUCUAGAGGCUGCUGAGAGGCACGCGGAGGUGAGCGGGUCGAGAACGUCGACAGGGACCUCGGGUGCGGGCAGCGACGCGGCGGGCGAGGGCCUGCAUGCAGCGAGCGCGCGGCGCGCGCGGCCCGGCGGCGGCGGCGGCGGCGCGCCGGCGCAAGCGCCGAGGGCUGCGCCGCGCAGCGUCGACGCGCAGCUGCGGUGUUGGCGGUGCGGGCGCGGACAUCGCGCGGAUAGGUGCCGGUUUGCGCAGUAUAAUUGUGACGAGUGUAAUCAGCGGGGCCAUUUAAAGGUUAUGUGUAAAGAGGUGCGUAAUCGAUCGUACGGGCGACAUAAAUAUGUGAGUGAGACCGACAAAUCGGAGGACGAGUUUUUCAACAUUCAGUUGGCGGCUAAAGGUAAUAAACCAUAUUUAGUUAUUGUGAAGAUGGACGGACGACCGAUCGAAUGUGAAAUAGACACAGGUAGUCGUAUCUCCGCUGUGAGUGAACAGUUUUAUCAACAAAAUUUCACACACAAACAUAUUGUUUCGGAUAACUUAUUAUUAAAAUGUUAUUCCGGCUCACGAAUUGAAUCGCUCGGAUAUAUAUCGGUUGACGUGUCUCUCGGUAACGAGAGGGCCAAUAACUUAUCUUUAUAUAUUAUAAAGAACGGCGGCAGGCCGUUACUAGGUCGGGAGUGGAUACGCGCUCUAAAAAUUAAACAAAUUAGUUUUAAUGAAAUAACGGACGAUCAGUUCGUGAGCUGCCUUAGGGAGGAGUUUCCCGAAGUGUUUAGUGAACAGCUAGAUAAAGACAUUGAAGAUGUCAGUCGCGCGUGUGACGCAUGCAACUCUGUUCGCGACGCCCCUCCGCGCGCCCCGCUACACCCCUGGGAGUUUCCGGCGUCUCCGUGGACGCGGUUACAUGCCGACUUUGCAGAUUGUGACGGCAAGCGAUUUUUAAUUAUUAUAGACGCGUAUUCUAAGUGGAUUGAGGUCAUACAAAUGAAUCGUACGGACGCUGUUUCCACUAUUGAGGCGUUUAGAUCGAUUUUUGCCAGAUUCGGACUUCCUUCACAGCUCGUUACCGAUAAUGGCCCUCCAUUCUCAUCCCAAAUGUUCAAAGAAUAUUGUUAUAAAAAUGGUAUUAAGCAUUCGACAUCUGCACCGUAUAGACCGCAGGCGAAUGGCGCUGCUGAAAACGCGGUUAAAACAAUUAAAAAAGUAAUUAAAAGAGCGGUACAUUUAGGGGAGAAUAUAUCGCAAGCAUUAAGUAAGUUUUUAUUUCAAUAUCGUAAUUGUGAACACACUACUACGGCAGUGUCGCCAGCGGUCGCGUUACUUGGGAGACGGCUGCGGGGUCGACUCGACGCGUUACGACCAGACGUGGGGGCAGUGGUGCUGGAAGCACAAAGCAAACAGGUCGACAGGGCAGGAGGUACUAAUCGCGAGCUGCAGCUCGGUGAUACAGUAUUGACUAGGGAUUAUACCACUAAAGGGGAAAAAUGGUCAGAGGGGACGGUCACCAAGAAAACCGGGCCCGUGUCAUUCAAGGUUGAUGUAGGGGGAGGAGUAGAGUGGAGACGUCACCAAGACCAAAUGAUACAGUUAGGUAAUAGAAAAGAAAAAAAUCGAUAUUCAUUGGCGCGAACAUCAGCGACAGCUAGUGCGGACGCGAAUGAGGAACAGACGCCUGGGGUUGAUGACGAUGCAGAUGAUCAAUGUAGUGAAGCGCCCGAGACGGGUGCUAACGCGGGGCGGGCACUACGCUCCCCGGGUCUUCCAGGACCGGCGGGCGAGCCCGCGACGCCUCCACCCCCACUGGACGCUUCUGCCAGAGCUAUACGUGCUUAUAAAAGAGCUAUAAUACAGAAGGACAAAAAAACC